AGAAGAAACGUUUCAGAGAUCUCUGAGGAAUAUGAAUUCUAAUGAUUCUCGGAUCUCCUAUAAGGAGGAAUCAGUAUUUUCGUUUGAAGAAGAAACGUUUGAGAGAUCUCUGAGGAAUAUCAAUUCUAAUGAUUCUCGGAUCUCCUAUAAGGAGGAAUCAGUAUUUUCGUUUGAAGAAGAAACGUUUGAGAGAUCUCUGAGGAAUAUCAAUUCUAAUGAUUCUCGGAUCUCCUAUAAGGAGGAAUCAGUAUUUUCGUUUGAAGAAGAAACGUUUGAGAGAUCCCUCAGGAAUAUCAAUUCUAAUGAUUCUCAGAUCUCCUAUAAGGAGGAAUCAGUAUUUUCGUUUGAAGAAGAAACGUUUGAGAGAUCUCUGAGGAAUAUCAAUUCUAAUGAUUCUCGGAUCUCCUAUAAGGAGGAAUCAGUAUUUUCGUUUGAAGAAGAAACGUUUGAGAGAUCUCUGAGGAAUAUCAAUUCUAAUGAUUCUCGGAUCUCCUAUAAGGAGGAAUCAGUAUUUUCGUUUGAAGAAGAAACGUUUGAGAGAUCCCUCAGGAAUAUCAAUUCUAAUGAUUCUCGGAUCUCCUAUAAGGAGGAAUCAGUAUUUUCGUUUGAAGAAGAAACGUUUGAGAGAUCUCUGAGGAAUAUCAAUUCUAAUGAUUCUCGGAUCUCCUAUAAGGAGGAAUCAGUAUUUUCGUUUGAAGAAGAAACGUUUGAGAGAUCUCUGAGUGCUGGUAGUGUCCAGUGUUCAUUUGAUUACGUAAACGCGUCUCAAAUCUCGGAGUAUUCUGAGUUUUUACGCUUCUUUGACAUGGAGUAUUCCUGGGAUUGUGGAAACCAACAUUCUGCCGGUGAACUCUUCCAAAUCUCACAGUCGUCUCAACAAAUGCUUCAAUCUUGCUCAACUGCAUUUCCAGAUAGCACAAAUGAAAGCAUCUAUGACGUGAAGAGAAAGCGUAACAUUUUGAAAGAAAAACUCAUCAAGUGGAAAAUCAUGAAAGAAAGCCAAGUCAAACCUUCCCAACCUUCAAAUGUGCCACGCGUCACUAGAGUUGUCGAUGGGGAAAACCUUGUUGAAGUUUGCAAGUCAAAAGGUGUGACAUACUACUUUAUCGAAAAUGGCUUGAUUGGCGAAGGUGGAUUUGGUGGAGUUUUCAAGGGUUAUGCCAUAAAAGGAACCAAAAAAACACCGGUCGCCCUGAAAUUUGUAAAGUAUAAAACGGUUCGUGAGUAUCGCAAGGAUAAAGACCUCGGUGAUGUACCAAGUGAAGUGUAUUUCCUGAAGAAGAUGAAAGAUCAUCCAAAUGUCAUCAAGUUCUAUCAUUAUCAGUUUUUAUCAUCUGAGGAAUUUGUGAUCAUUUGCGAAAGACCGACUCAUUGCAAAGAUCUCCGAAGCCUCAUGUGGGACGUUGGAGGUUUCUUCACCGAGGAUGAAACUCAACAAUGCAUGAAGAAGUUGGUCAACGUUGUAUUGGCGAUGUCCAAGAAGAACAUCGUUCAUCGUGAUCUGAAAUUGGAGAACAUCCUUUAUGAUUUUGAUACUGGUGAAAUCAAGUUGCUUGAUUUUGGAUUUGCAGGGUAUCAUAAACCUGGCAACCUAGUUGACGCAUUCUGUGGCACUCCAUACAAUAUGCCUCCAGAAUACAUUCUGCAUGAAUUGUAUGAUCCUUGCAAGGAAGCUGUGCGGUCUAUUGGAGUCAUGAUAUAUGAAAUGUUGCACGGCGAACCAGCUUUUACGGAUUACACAACAUUUGCAGAUGUUAUCUCAGGACCGCCAAAACUGGAUGAUUUAUCUGAAGAUUUGCAAGACCUAAUGAGAAAAUUAUUUAGCAUGGACCCAGCGGCCCGACCAAGUAUAAAAAAAGUUGCAAAGCACUCCUGGUUGCGAGUAAAGCGUUCAUUUACUGAACGACUGUCAUCCUUUUUCCGUCGUAUUUUCCACAGACGUCGUGGUUCGUACGACGUCUCUGCCGUCGCCAUGGCCAAACAAACGUCAUUCCAGGCUCUUCACCAAAGAGCUGGAAGCAAAUCGCCAACAAUCAGUGGCCAGUCAUCUGUUGGCCAGUCAUCGAACCAAUCCCAGAUAAACAGUCAGGAAUUGUUGGAGACGUCUAUGGAAGAAAAUUACAGGAAUGGCCGAUCACUGUCGAUGAGCCGGCCAGCCAUUGCGACCAGUAGUUACCAUUCUGAUGACAGGAUAUUCAGCUCCAGGCUUGUGGCUCCGGGUUCGCGAAAACGGAGCUGGAGUGGUUAG